CACAGUGAUGAAACUCUUCUACUUGAUCUUGUUUUGUGCAAUCUUCUUAACUGUCUCUGCGGAUUUAGACAAUAUGCAAGACACUUGUCCAACGGCUCCGGGAGAACAGAGCAUCUUUUUCAUCAACGGCUAUCCUUGCAAGAACCCAACCCAGGUCAACGCUCAGGAUUUCAAGUCCACCAAACUUACUGUAGCUGGAGACACAGACAAUUAUCUCCAGUCGAACGUGACGAUGCUCACUGCAUCAGAGUUUCCAGGUCUCAACACUCUCGGCCUCUCUGUCUCACGCACUGACCUCGAAAGGGACGGAUCCGUGCCGCUCCAUUCGCAUCCGAGGUCAUCCGAGUUGCUCUUUGUGGCCAGUGGAGUCGUGUUCGCCGGAUUUGUCGAUACCAACGACAAGAUUUUUCAGACGGUUCUGCGGAAAGGCGAUGUCUUCGUCUUCCCUAAAGGCUUGCUUCAUUUCUGCUUGAGCGGUGGCUUCGAACGAGCCACCGCUCUCUCGUUUUACAAUAGCCAGAACCCUGGCGUCGUGAACAUUGGAGGCGUGUUCGGGAUCGAUCAAGAACGUAUGGUGAACAUCACGAGGUCGUUAGUUACGGACCGUGAUGAGCUCUAAGUUGUUUUUUCUUUUUCUUUUUUUCACAAUGUUAUUAAAAUCAAACCAGAGUUUAUGACUUUUAAGAACUAACGUGUUCCACAAGACAUCGGAUUCGAUAAUAAAAAGCCCUAAUUUGA